GUUACUAACAGAGAGCGGUCGAGAUGAGUGUAAACUGUACCUGCAUCAACAAGACCAGGGAGAGUGUUGGUGCAAUCUUCAUCAAUGCAUGGACGGGAGUAUCGAGUCUAGUGGCUGUGAUCUGGUUGUCCUGCUCUAUGUUCAAACAAAAGCAAUUUUCGCAACCGAAAUUUCUUUCCUUAGCAGUGUGUCUUUGUGAUUUGUUGUACGCUGCAAUAAGUAACUCGCAAAUGGUUGCAGCAUCGUGGUUAGGGUAUUGUGUGCUUGGAGGGGAUCAAGGCUGCAUCAUACGUGGAUUCUCGAGGAAUUCCACCAUGGUUGCUACUCAUCUGAUGGUAGUGUUCAUGGCUGUGGAAAGAUUUAUCGCUCUACGGUUUCCGUUUCGUUAUCAACACUUGUUGACACCACGGAAGGUGGUAACGGUAGCCAUUAGUCUGUAUAUUUAUUCAAUUGUCCUUGCUACCUUGCCGUUAAUGGGCGUAAACAAAUAUGGGUAUGGAUUAUGGUGCGAUUUUUACUGGACCGAUACGUCCCCAGCGGGCAGGUUCUUUGUCAUUUUCUUCCUCAUCCAAG